ACCUCCCGUCCAGAGCUCGCGGGUUUCUACGUCGACAGCUGGCCAUUGUGGUCUGCCGUCGUCAGUAUUCUUGCUUUUAAACCUUUAGCAGCGCAACGAAGCUGGAAAUAUAGUAACGUAGGUAGGCUGGAAUCUGCUAAAGAUGGACAUCACGCAAGAGGUAUUCUAUAUAAAUUUUGAGCGUAUAUUAGCGACGAUAUUCUACGUGCUAGGACGCUUGGACUGUGAUCAGUGCAUAUUUCGCGGAGAAGGGCCUUGUGCGUCAACAACUAGAUUCGUUCGAUGAGUUCAUACAAAACACGAUGCAAGAAUUGGUGGAUGAUAGUGGUGAAUUGCACGUGGAACCAGAGGCACAAUACCUGCCUGGCCAGAAGUCAUUGCAUCGAAAUAAGUUUACGGUGGUAUUCAAUCAAGUUUACGUCUCAAAACCAACAGCAACUGAACGGGAUGGGACUACAAGUAACAUGUUCCCUCACGAAGCACGACUGCGCAAUAUGACAUACUCGUCACCCAUAUAUGUUGAUAUUAGCUGUAUUGAACCAGAAUCGACAGCUACACUGCACCAAGGCUGCCAGGCAGAACUUUACAUAGAAAAUGACUGGUAUCCUUGCGUAGUUGAUGAACUCAAGUCUGGGCGUGCAAACGUUACCUAUGAAACUGCCGGGCCACUCCAAGACAGCGAUAAAGUGGUAAUUGUCAAAGAAAGCGACGUAGAAGUUUCUAGCCGCAUACGGUUACCGAGUGGCCUAGCUAAGGCACAUAGAACAGAUUCUCCAAAGGAGUUUUUGGGCUAUGUUCCAAUCAUGUUGCGUAGUCGUUUCUGUGUUCUUGCUGAUAAAUCCGACAGGGAACUCUGUGAGCUUGGCGAAUGUGUUUAUGAUCAAGGGGGCUAUUUUAUCAUCAAUGGCUCAGAAAAGGUUGUGGUAGCACAAGAGCGCAUGUCUAACAAUCACGUGUACUGCUUUAGAAAGAAGCAGCCUCACAAGUAAGCCGCACUACUACUUUACUUUGCUAUUUAUCUAAUAUCACCCUUUAUAGAUACUCAUGGGUGGUUGAAUGCCGUUCCCAUGUUGAACAUGGUGCUCGACCAACUAGCACCGUAUAUAUGCAGAUGUAUAACAAGGCAGGUCGUGGUCAGUCUCAAGGCAAUCAAAUCAGGAUGACAUUGCCAUAUGUUCGCGUAGACAUUCCUGUGAUCAUUGUCUUUCGCGCACUAGGUUUUGUUGCAGACCGGGAUAUCCUCGAGCACGUUGUUUACGAUUUUUCAGAUACAGACAUGAUGGAACGGCUACGGCCAUCUCUGGACGAAGCGUUUGUGGUUCAGAAUCAAACGAUUGCCCUUGACUUCAUUGGGCGCAGAGGAAGUGCCACGAACAUUGGACGCUCUAAGCGUGUACAGUAUGCAAAAGAAUUACUACAAAAGGAAGUUUUGCCACAUGUUGGUACAGAAGAGCAAUCGGACACGAAGAAGGCUUUUUUUGUUGGCUACAUAGUACACAAGUUGCUCAUGUGUUCACUCGAGCGCAUUGAUGAAGAUGAUCGUGAUCAUUACGGCAAGAAGCGGCUGGACCUAGCUGGGCCAUUAUUGGGUGGCUUAUUCCGAAUGUUGUUUCGUAAACUUACCAAGGAUGUUCUCGCUUACCUACAAAAAUGCAUUGACGAAGCUCGAGAUUUCAAUCUAGCGUGCGUUAAUUAUUCUAUAUAGUAAAUGAUUUUAUUGAUGUUAAAACUCCACAGCUCCGCAAUUAAAUCUCGACUGAUUACCGACGGACUGCGAUAUUCUUUGGCCACGGGAAAUUGGGGCGACAGAAAGGAUGCGUCACGUGCUGGAGUUUCGCAAGUGUUGAAUCGAUUGACCUAUGCAUCAACUCUCUCUCACCUUCGGCGAUUAAAUACCCCUCUGGGACGAGAGGGUAAACAGGCGAAGCCAAGGCAGCUACAUAACACACAUUGGGGGUUUAUCUGCCCAGCUGAGACUCCAGAAGGACAGGCAGUUGGUCUCGUAAAGAAUUUGGCAUUGAUGGCAUAUGUAUCAGUAGGUAGCCCUCAAAGUCCUAUCCUUGAAUUUCUUGAGGAAUGGUCGAUGGAGAAUCUGGAAGAAAUUUCACCACAGACAAUAGCAGAUCCGGGGACGACAAAAAUAUUUGUUAACGGUAGCUGGAUUGGUGUGCAUCGUGACCCAUGUACGCUUGAGGCUACCUUGAGGUCUCUUCGUCGACAAAUUGAUAUAGAUCCCGAAGUUUCUGUAGUACGUGACAUCAAGGAAAAGGAACUUAGGGUGUAUACGGAUGCAGGACGGGUCUGUCGACCACUUUUGAUUGUUGAAUCAGAUCAUGCAUCUACGUGGAAAGAUCCACUGAAUCAUAGUUCAUCUAGUCCUGCACAAAAGCUCAAACUACGCAAGCCCCACAUUCAUAAGUUAGUCAAUGGUGAGUUGGGAUGGACGCAGCUCCUGGUUAAAGGUCUGGUGGAGCUGGUUGACACGGAGGAGGAGGAGGCAACCAUGAUUGCAAUGAUUCCAUCUGACCUGAACGAACCAUAUUCCUCAACAUAUACACAUUGCGAGAUCCAUCCUUCAAUGAUACUUGGCAUUUGUGGGUCUAUUAUUCCAUUCCCUGAUCAUAAUCAAUCACCUCGCAAUACAUAUCAGUCGGCAAUGGGCAAGCAGGCCAUGGGAAUUUAUGCAUCGAACUUUCAGCAGCGCAUGGAUACCUUAGCUCACGUGUUACAUUACCCACAGAAGCCAUUAGCAACGACACGAGCAAUGGAACAUCUCCAUUUUCGUGAACUUCCUAGUGGUGUUAACGCGAUUGUGGCUAUCAUGUGCUACACGGGAUAUAAUCAGGCCCCCUCCAGCGCCCUUUCUUCUUUAAAAUCAGGUCCACUGACUUUAUUGUUGAUAUGCAGGAAGACUCCCUGAUCAUGAAUCAAGCAGCGAUUGACCGUGGCCUCUUUCGUUCCUCUUUUUAUCGGACUUAUGUGGAUCAAGAACGCAGUCACGUGACUGGCGACGCUGCUGGACUUUACUGUGAAACUUUUGAGCGGCCUGGUCAAGACCACUGCGUCGCCAUGCGGCAUGGAUCAUACGAAAAAGUUGACUGUGAUGGCCUUGUCUCUCCGGGGGUGCGUGUAUCCGGUGCUGACAUCCUGAUUGGGAAAACAGUUCCUGUACUAAAUGGAGGUGAAACAAGUGGCUUAGUAAAACGCGACUCCUCGACUGCAAUGCGUCCUAAUGAGUCUGGCCUAGUUGAUCAGGUAAUCUAAGUUGCAAUUGCUAUCAUAUGAAUGCCACCUCCUGGUAGGUCAUGUUAUCGACAAACCAAGAUGGCAUGAAGUUUACCAAGGUAAGAACACGCUCUGUCAGGAUCCCGCAAAUAGGAGACAAAUUUGCCUCACGGCACGGGCAAAAAGGAACCAUUGGCAUGACCUAUGCUCAAGAAGAUAUGCCAUGGACGCGUAAUGGUAUAUCACCCGACAUUAUCGUCAAUCCACAUGCGAUUCCUUCACGCAUGACGAUCGGCCAUUUGGUAGAAUGUUUACAGUCUAAAGUAGGUGCUCUUACAGGUAAAGAGGGAGAUGCCACUCCAUUUACGGAUGUUUCUGUUGAUCACAUCGCUGCUGUUUUGCACGAACUUGGCUACCAUCGUCAUGGAAAUGAAGUCAUGUACUCUGGGCAUACAGGACGAGCAAUUCAUGCCAAAGUUUUUCUAGGCCCAACCUUUUACCAACGGCUCAAACACCUCGUUGACGACAAAAUCCAUGCUCGCUCACGUGGUCCUGUUACAAUGCUCACACGCCAGCCCAUGGAAGGCCGCGCACGAGAUGGUGGUCUUCGAAUGGGUGAAAUGGAACGAGAUUGCCUCGUCUCUCACGGCGUUUCUAGUUUUUUGCGUGAUCGAAUGUUUGCAAAUUCUGACCCCUAUGCCAUUCACAUUUGCACUUGUUGCGGUCUAGUCGCCCAUGCUGAUUUGCGGAAGCAUAUUUACUGGUGUAACAACAAAAAUUGCCAGCGUGCCGCCAACUCAAGCGUCGUGCGUGUGCACAUUCCAUAUGCUUGCAAGCUUCUCUUCCAGGUAUGGUGCAUUUCUUUUCUCAAUAACUCACCUGAUAUUGGUAGGAAUUAAUGGCGAUGUGCAUUGCACCACGAAUCUGCAUCUGAGGAUACUAAUCAAGCCCGGCUAUAUUAAUCAUACCCUUGUUAAUCCUGCCUGGGAAUCAUAUCAAAGGAAGAUAGGAUCAAAAUCAGAGGCUCUAGGCCAGCAAAUAGAUUGCGGGUGUGCACGGGACUAGCCAUUUAUGUCCGCAGCGUGACUACUAGUCCCACUUUGACGACCACGAGAACGGGGAUGGUGUUGGCGGCCCCCGGGCCCAAACACCUGACUAGCCAAAGUUCUUUCUUUGUGCGGGGCGCGCCCGGGCUGCUAGGUUCCCACUUACCUGAGGGGUUAUUCACCCCUGGCGCCGCCUGAAAUAACCCGGGUAAUUACCGGUUAGUACGGGUUAUUUACC